AUGAAUCAUCGAUUAUGCGUUUGCAAAUACAGAAACCCCAUAGAAUUCGUUUGUACUCUAAAGGAAUGCACUGAUCGGAGACUGAUUUGCAAAUCCUGUGCUUGGGAUCAUAAGCGUCACGAUUCCAAAGUUCUUUAAAUUAACGAAUUCGAAACCAUGAUUACAAAUGACUCUCUGGUUUAAAGAAUCCAAGACGUGCAGAAUGCGGAAGGUAUAAACAACACUCUUGACCAACUAAUGCAAAUAGCUUAAACAGACAUAAUGUAAACACUGAAGAAGAGAUGCACAGAAUUGAAGGACAAAGUCAAGAAGCAUUACAACCCAUUCAAUAGGACCGUCGAACACAUUACAAACAUAUCUAAAAAAUACUAUAAUUCAUCGACCAUCGACUCUCUAGUCAAGGAAUUGGACAUCAGCGACAUUUAAGGAUAAUUAUAAAAAAUGGAGGCCGCUCAAUUUUAAAAGUUUUCUCUGAUUUGCAAAGAAAUCUUGAAUUUGUCAGACGCCCUAGACAAACUGAGAAAGGCAUGUUAAGAAGAUGCAUCUCCAGAACUAAAAUCUAUUAGAAAUUACAUCCAAUAAAAUCUGGAAUUUAAAGAAGUUAAACCAAAAGUUUCCUACAAUUAAGAUCUAAACGACUACAUCGAGAAAUCAGCAGUCUAGCUAUAAAAAUAGCAGAUUUUGGAUAGAUCACAAUUGCAAUAAUAGAAACAAUAACAAUAGGUUUAAUAGACUCAAUUAGAUUAUAAGAAGGUUGCUCCUUAGCACAUGUAUUUAUCUCAUUUGGAGAUUCAGAAAUAACCCAAGCAAUUGCAAGAGAAGGCCUCUCCCUACAAUUACAAUUAAGAGAGAUUAAAAACGGAACAUGUAUAAUACAAAUCUCUGCUUGAUUACUCCUUUAUGAAAGAGGACAAAUCACAAUAACUGCCAAAAUACCAUUACAUGGAUUACAACAAAAAACAGGAAGAACCCAAUAAUCAAUUUAAUAGUCUAUCUAAUACUGACAGGCUCUACCCCUUUUAUCAAAGAUAAUCAUCCCAAAGCUUAUAUUAAUCUUCAAAGAAAUGA